AUGUCAAAUAACUCGAGUCGCUCCUCUUCUACACCCUCAGUCGCUGGAAUUAUAACAAAUGCAAAUAAUGAGCGAAUAAUACCAGCUACACGUCGAGCAGAUGGCUCAAUUCGUCCAGAACGUCGUGUGCGAGAUGGAUUUGUGCCACUUGAAGACGUACAACGUUAUAAGAAUGCUCGGGUUGCUGUGAUUGAACAACAAACAGCCCUGAAUAAAAAAAAGCUAGAGGCUGCACGCCCCAAAACCAAAGCACAAAUAAAGAACGAAAAAAGAAAAGCUAAAAAACAAGAAAAACGUGAAAAGAAUCUUGAGGAGGAAGAUGGGUCAAGUUUGGCUGAUAAUGAGGAAAAGGAUGAAGAUAUUGAUAGGCAUUUGAGCGAAGAAAGACAAGAUUACGGGGAAUCAACCAUAAAAGAAAAGAAAGAUUUGGAUAUACAAGCGAAUGUUUUCUUAUCACAAGGAUUAGAAAACCUCACAGUUACAUCUGUCGAAGUUUCUACUACUUUAAGCUCUGUCAAGACGCAAAAAGGUACAUCGAAUCCUAUAGAAACAGCACAACAUUCUACACGACAAGCAACGUCGGAAGAUACCAACACAGUUUCACAAAUGGACUCCUUAAAAAAACGUGUAAAAGCAUUGGAGAAAAAAAUUCGACAAAUUGAACAACUCGUGCAACGUCAAGAAGCUGGUGAAUCUUUGAAUUCAGAUCAACUGGAAAAGAUUGAGCGAUUAACUGAAUUUCGUGAUGAGCUGCAAAGAAUCAAAGAUGGCAAAGAUUGA